GGUAGCAGCGGGCGGGAUGGGUCCUCGCCGCCGGUUUUGCUGAGACUCGCUCGCGUGGGGUGCCAGCGGCGGGCCCGCAGUGGCCGCGGCGGCAUGAAGGGCGCUCUGGGGAGCCCCGUGGCCGCGGCCGCCGCAGGCGCCGCGAUGCAGGAGAGUUUCGGCUGCGUCGUGGCCAACCGCUUCCACCAGCUGCUGGACGACGAGUCGGACCCGUUCGACAUCCUGCGCGAGGCCGAGCACCGGCGCCAGCAGCAGCUGCAGCGCAAGAGGCGCGACGAGGCAGCGGCGGCGGCCGGGGCCGGCAACCGCGGCGGCAGGAGUCCGGCCGGGGCCUCGGGCCACAGACCUGGCGCGGGCGGCGGCCGGAGGGAGUCCCAGAAGGAGCGCAAGAGCCUCCCGGCCCCUGGCGCGCAGCAGCCGGACAGCCCCGGGGGCGGCCCGCUGCCACCCGGUACGCGCGCCCCGCCGGGCACCUGGGCACCCCCGGGCCAGAAGCGAGCUCCUAGAAGAGGGGAGCAGCAGGGAUGGAAUGACAGCCGGGGGACGGAGGUGACACUUGACAGAGCAGAGCGGAGAUCCUACAGGGAAUAUCGACCCUAUGAGAGCGAGAGACAGGCAGACUUUACAUCUGAGAAGUUCACGGAUGAAAAACCCAUUGACAGGUUUGAUCGAGACAGACCACUGAGAGGCCGUGGAGGCCCAAGGGGGGCCAUGCGAAGCCGAGGCAGAGGCGGCCCCGGGAACAGAGCUUUUGAGGGUUUUGACCAGAGAGGGAAACGAGAUUUUGAGAGAGCAAUCAGAACUGAAGACAACAUGGGUGGCUGUGGAAUUCGAACUUGGGGAUCAGGCAAAGAUACCAGUGACGUGGAGCAGACUGCACCAAUGGAAGAGACCACAGCGGUGGAAGAGUCCCCAGGCCCCCUGGAGGAGGAAUCUCCAGCCAAAGUUCCUGAGUUGGAGUUAGAAGAGGAAACUCAAGUUCAAGAGAUGACCCUUGAUGAGUGGAAAAAUCUUCAAGAACAGACAAGACCAAAGCCUGAGUUUAACAUCCGGAAACCUGAGUCCACUGUCCCUUCCAAAGCAGUGGUGAUACACAAGUCCAAAUAUAGAGAUGAUAUGGUAAAGGAUGACUAUGAAGAUGAUGCCCACGUUUUCCGGAAAGCAGCCAAUGACAUCACAUCCCAGCUGGAGAUUAAUUUCGGUAACCUCCCUCGUCCUGGGCGUGGAGCCAGAGGUGGCACACGGGGAGGCCGGGGAAGGAUCAGAAGGGUGGAGAACUACGGACCCAGAGCAGAAGUGGUGACACAAGACGUUGCUCCCAACCCGGAUGACCCUGAGGACUUUCCUGCUCUGGCCUGAGAGAGCCCUAUUUCCCUAGCAAGCUACAACAGCAUUGGCAUACCUAUGAAGAGACUUUUCUUGGUGUGGGGAAGAGAGUCAGACUCUAAGAACAAUAGAUGUUGCUUUUUCCCGUUUA